GGUUGCACUUAGCUAACAUAUAGAACGCCAGACGGGCCUUGAACAAUCUUUCAAGCUCUCUUGAAUUGUACUCCAGGAAAAGUUAACUUUGCAACCAUUUCAAGCAAAUAUGCCGAUCGUUGUCGAACAUUACAAUCCCGCGUGGCCGCAGCACUUCGAAAAAAUCAAAUCCACUCUGCACACAUACCUCAGAGAUGUCACCAUUGUAUCAAUUGAGCACGUAGGCAGCACGUCUGUCCCCGGCCUCGCCGCCAAACCCAUUAUCGACAUCGAUAUCAUCGUCACCAGGGACAACGUGCAGCCCGCCAUCGAUGCCUUAGUUCAAAACGGCGGAUUCACAUACAUUGGCGAACUUGGGAUCGUUGAUCGACAUGCACUGAGGGAUCCAGACCAAUCGCCAGCGAGGAACACGUAUGUGUGCGUUGAGGGUGCCUUUCAGGUCCGCAAUCAUCUGGGCUUACGCGAUACCCUUCGGUCGAAUCCCGAACUACGUGACGAAUACAGCAACGUCAAGUUGAAUCUCGCAGCCCAAGGAGUCGAAGAUAUCGGGACUUAUAUUCGGGGCAAGAAUGCCGUGAUCCAAAAAAUUCUCAAAGCCAGUGGUCUCCUUACUGACGAUGAGCUGCGUACAGUCAAUUCAGUCAAUACGGAUGGCGGUCAGAUUGCCGGAACGAAGACGGAAAGACUGCUGCUGAGGGAAUUUGUCUAUGGCGAUCUGGAUGGAUUCUAUGAGUUGGAGUCCAACCCGGAAGUUGUGAGAUAUCAGGGCUUUCCUCCGCGUACAAGAGAGGAAGCAAAGGAACUUAUCCUGGAAAUUAUCAGGAAUGCUUCCGUUGCACCGCGCUCGCAUGUGGAACUUGCGGUCAUCUACAAUCAGACCUUCAUUGGUCGUGUCGGCGCGAGAAUUAGCCAUGCCCAGACAGAAGGACGAGAUACUUCCAGAACUGCGAAUCUCUGGUAUUCGUUUAAGCCAGAGUGGCAUGGGCAGGGCUUUGCUACGGAAGCAAUAAGGAAGUUCGUUGAGCUGCUGGGGAGUCCGUUGAGGCUGGAGAUUGAAUGUGAUCCGAGGAACAAGCGAAGUGUGAAGAUGGCCGAGAGGCUGGGAUUCCAGAAGGUUAGGGAGAUAGAGAAGGCGUAUGAGAAUAAGGGGGAGUGGGUGGGCAGCGUGGUUUUUGAAAAAGAGAUUUAGGUUCCGAACAACUUCCUCUGUAAGACCCCAUUUCCAGCCCUGCAAAAGACAAAGAACGUGUCGAUGAGUGAGAUCUCUGAGGUAAGCCAGGUUGUGUGCAAUAGCAGCAAAUCGGCCCGCUUUCAUGAGAACGGUAUCCUGAAGUAUGCUCGCUCAAACGGUCACUGAAUUGGAUGUAACCUUCGUGGAGCAGGUCCGAGAUGAAGUGGCACUGGGCAUGGAUGCGUUCGACAUGAUCGCUUCCAUGGAUGAGCCCACGAGUGCGAAGCAGGUAUGUGAGAUCUUGAUCGGAACCC